GAAUUGGUUUCUCGUCUUAUCGUUUGAAGUUCUUUUCAUUUCAGCAUCUUUUUGGUUUUCGUUUCAAUCGUACAUAUUUUUAUCACCCGUAUCACUAUCGUUUAGUCGUCAUCAUUUUGUCUUUAUCGUUAUAACUAUGUCUAGCAUUCAAUCAGACGUUUCUCGUCGUAAAAUAAUUCGUAUAAAAAUCUCGAAAGCAUGUAAUCAGACUAUAAGUCUUUCGUUAGAAGAUCUGAUUAAUCUGCAAAGAGAAUACGACAUAAUCAGUGAAAAAUGUUUAGCUGAAACACCCGUUGAUUAUGAAGAUCAAAAAGCAAAAGAUGAUUUGUACAAACAAAAAAUAUCAGCUUUGAUCACUAUGGAACAAACCAAAAAUACAUUAAGUGCUAUAUCGAUCAUCGAUGAAGAAAUUGAUGAUUUUUUAAAUAAUUCGAAUACUGUCCAGGCUUCGACUCCUGUUAUGAAUGCUAGCAAUUCUAUCGUUGAAAAUUCUACCAAUCCAUCUUAUCCCAUGAAUGUCCGUGCUUCCGAUCUUUUAACCUUUGAUGGUAACGUUAUGAACUGGCAUCCGUUUAAAAUCUCGUUUGAAGACGAAGUCAUCAACAAUCCGAAUCUAAUGGAAUCGAAGAAGCGCAAUCUACUUCUUAAGGUACUUGAAAAAGAUGCUAAGGACAGAGCUAUGGACCUUGUUAGGCAAGGCCAAACUCUUCGUUCUAUUUGGAUCUCGUUAAAUGCUUACUAUGGCGAUCCUAAGAAAGCUGACGAGUAUUUGUUGAAGCGUAUACGUUCUAUUGUUUUCGUGAACACAUCAUUCGAAUCGUCGAAAAUCGAAAUCAUGCUUAAUGAAGUUCGUCGAAUUUCUAGUGCUGCUAACAGCCUUGGUGCAGCUUACGUAUCUCGAUCGAAUUCAUUGGUUAAGGAAGUAUUGUGGCGUUGUGGUCGUCAACUUCGUGAAAAAUUGGCGCAUGUCGAAUCGUUCGUUCAAUUGGUUACUGAAUUGGAAAAAUUGUAUAAGUCUGCUAUAUGUUUGGAUACCUUUGAACGACGUGAUUCUGUUCGUCCGACUACUGUCGCAGCAGCUUUUUCGGUAUGCUGCAUCUUUUGUAAUGGUUCUCAUGCAUCAGCAGAUUGUUCUUCAUCUGUAUCAACAGAAGAAAAAAGAAGAAUUAUACUCGCCAGUAGAUUGUGUUUCAAAUGUAUUUCUCCUGGUCAUCGUUCGUCUUCCUGUCCUCAUGCUUUAUCUAUUCGUUGUUCUAUCUGCCACUGUAAUCAUCCGACUGUACUUCAUAAAGUUCGUCUCAUCGAAAAUCCGAAUAUUCGCUUCAAUUAUCCUUCUUCCUAUCAGUCAUCGUCAUUUCCGCUGCCUUCCGCACCGUCAUCGUCUUCGUUUCCUUCGUCUUCUUCGUCUGUCACUCAAUCGUCAUCGUUAUUGUCUUCGUUACCUUCUUCAUCAUCGUCAGCCACUCCAUCAAUAUCANUGUGUUUCAAAUGUAUUUCUCCUGGUCAUCGUUCGUCUUCCUGUCCUCAUGCUUUAUCUAUUCGUUGUUCUAUCUGCCACUGUAAUCAUCCGACUGUACUUCAUAAAGUUCGUCUCAUCGAAAAUCCGAAUAUUCGCUUCAAUUAUCCUUCUUCCUAUCAGUCAUCGUCAUUUCCGCUGCCUUCCGCACCGUCAUCGUCUUCGUUUCCUUCGUCUUCUUCGUCUGUCACACAAUCGUCAUCGUUAUUGUCUUCGUUACCUUCUUCAUCAUCGUCAGCCAUUCCAUCAAUAUCAUUAAAUCGUUCUGAAAUUUCUGCUGCUGCAGCUUCGCUACGAUCGUUAUCUUCUACUGUGGCUUCCAUUUCAGUUUAUCCGUUUUCGUCAGUCGAUCCUAUUGAUCCGUCAGAAUCGUCAGAAUCUUCUGUAACUACUAUUCCUGAUCGAUCAUUGGUAGCUCGUUAUGAUGGAGCAGCUUCAACUUCAACAACUUCAGAACGUCCCGCGUUCUUGAUCAAUUUAAAUGGACGUAAAUGUAUGGUUUGGAUCGACACUUGUUCGCCGUACACAUUAAUUCGUGAAAAUCUUGUCAAUAAAUUCGAUUGUUUUCCGGAUAAACCCAUUUGUCUUUCUGGUUUCGCUGGUGGUUCUGUUAUAUGGUCGAAAGAAAAAGUUUCGGUUAAUCUUCAUUCGGACAAGAUUAGUGUCACUAUUGAUGCUUAUGUAAUAUCGGUUCUUUCUUAUUGUGAUUUGAUUAUCGGAACCGACAUGCUUCAUCGUAUCACUAAAAUUGGUCCAUCAAAAUCUUUGAAAUGGGAAUUGAAAUUCGGUGACAUUUAUUAUGGAUCAGUAGCAUCUUCUAAAGAAAUCGAUAACAAUAUUUAUAGUGAAAAAGAUGUCGAAGAAGAAUUGUUGAACAAAUUGGUUAGUCGAUCGCAAACUCAAAAUUUCUAUGAUCGUUAUCGUGAAGAUUUUAUGUCAUUUGUUUCGUCGGGGCAAGUGGUUGAAAUUAAUGAUACGGUUGGUUGCAUGAAUAAUUUAUUGUUCAAAUCUAUUAUGGAAAAAGAUCGUAUUCAAAAGCGUAUUUCCGAUACCUCCUCUUCUGUGUAUGGUAUUCCUGGUUUUUCAAAUUCGGUCAAUAUAUUUAAUCGCUCGUUUUCGCUUCAUGAUCUACUUCGACGUCUUACUGGUUUUUUUUUUACCAAUCUGUGGCGGGAAAAAUUGUUGAAUUACGGUCUUUUUUAA